ACAGCGCCUGCGGCCGACCUCUCCACCCUCUUCCUGAUCUGCAUUUCCCAAAAUUGUUGGUAUUUCCACUUUUAAUGUCUUAUGGCGUUUUUUUUUAUUGCAUACGAUAGUUGUGUCUUUUGAUGUAAAGACUACAUUACUGGAGUUUCAGUCGGAUAUUGAAGACUCGCGCUACUUUCGGUCUGCCAGCCAGGCAGCGAGAAGAUGUCGUCUUGUCAUAAGAAAAAGAUAAAAUGGUGGAUGGAGUCUACACAUAGACAGUAAAAGAAAGAAUGAACAUGAAAGUCACUAGUCUCCUUUGCAUAUCUGGUUUUUGUAUUUUUCUUGCACUUGGAAAUCCUUGUGGUCCAAAUGAAUAUAAAUCUGCUGAAGGAGAAUGUUGUCCAAUGUGUAGUAUAGGGUCAAUGGUAGUGUCUGACUGCAUUGGUGAUACAAGUACCACCUGUACUUCCUGCAUUUCAGAAACAUUCAUGAGUGAACCCAGCGGUCUUAAAAAAUGCUUUGCUUGCAGUCACUGUGCUAAAAGUCAAGGUCUUGACAUUCAGAGUAAAUGCACUAAAAUAAGAGACACCAUCUGUGAAGUACUUGAUGGAUAUUACUGCAUUGAUUACUCCAAUUUACAGUGCAGUCAUGCUAUAAAACACAGUGUUUGCAAACCAGGACAGGAAAUAAAAACACCAGGGACAAAGACAUCAGAUACAGAAUGUAAAAACUGUUCCUUUGGGUUUUAUUCUUCUUCCGGGCUGAACUGCACCAAGUGGACAGACUGUGCAGCCAGGAAUGAGAUUCAAAGUGAAGAUGGGAGUCCUGUAAAAGAUGUCAAAUGUGUACAGAAGAGGAAAAGAUACUGUCUUGUAGCUUUCUGUCCCCCUGUCAUAUGUGCAGUUGUUCUAGCAGUACUAUAUGGAAGAUCAUGCUCAGAUGGAACAGUCAAUAAUGGUGACAAAAUAAAUAGGCUUCCCAUUGAAGAAACAAACCCUGAAUCAGAGACAACAGGCACACUGGAGGAAAAGAACACAGCAAGAGAUGAUACAUGAAACUGUAUCUUAUUCCUUCUGCAAUCCUCCUCUACCUUUUAGCUGUUCAACACAAUGGUAAUGGAAAAGUGAAAACCUUUACAAGCACAGUUCUGGAGUCUGGAGGCUUUCACCAUAAGCAGAUUCAACUCACUUUCUGGAGGCAUACCCCCAUCUGGUAUGGAAUGUGGAGUAUGAAUCGAUUUUUUGGCGGACAUUACUCAAGGCACCUUUAAAAUAAUAUCUUCUUGGUCAAGUGAGUUGGUCUACUUUAGAGUGACAAAUGAGAACUCCGCCCCUACCUUCACAACCACCCUAGAGCCAUAGCUGAAGCCGAGCCAACUCCUAAUAGAGGACAUUUUGACUCCAGAGGAACGUUGGUUGAUGUCAAGUGAUUUUUAAAUAUGACAUCUUCAAGAUACUCCCCUUUACCAGUGAAUAAUUAUGUUCAUUUUCGUUUUGGUAAUAUUACAUUUUUAUUGUUAGUUUGAAUGAUAUUAAUUUGACAGACAUCAAGCGCUGAUGUUGAGCUGCCAACUCUCACGAGUUCACCAUGAGACACACGCAAUUGACCGUUUUCAGCACACGUGUUUUUCAACGGCUCUGG